AUCAGACAGGUUGGCCAAUAAUUACAUCCAUCGCAAGAGGCAGUUCCACUAGGAAUUUAAUAUUUUUUUUUAAAAAAGAAGACAUUUCCAGAGAAAAAUAAGUGGCCGUAGGAUGAAGAUCAAGUACAGUUAUGUGAGGAAUUUAACGGCGAUCCUUAUUCCUCUCUCUCCUCCUCAGACAACCUUCGAAUUACAGAGAGAAAAAAACAAGAAAGAAGAAAAGAACAUCCUCUUCUGGCAAAAGGAUAUUUGAUGGAAGAAAUGGAGAUGGAUAGCAUUGAGUGUGUAUCAUUAAUGGAUGGUGUUGAAGAUGAAGAGAUCCAAUCUUCUGUUUCAUCUCAUCAGUACCCUUCUUCAGGAAAGCCUAAUAAUAUUGCUCCUGUUGGAAUUGUCCCUACUAGUGUACAUGAAUUGCUUGAAUGCCCCGUUUGUACCAACUCUAUGUAUCCACCAAUUCAUCAGUGUCACAACGGGCACACGCUUUGUUCAACCUGCAAAACGAGGGUGCACAAUCGAUGUCCGACAUGCAGACAAGAGCUUGGUGAUAUAAGAUGUUUAGCGCUAGAGAAGGUGGCAGAGUCACUUGAACUGCCUUGCAAAUAUUUUUCUUUUGGGUGCCCAGAAAUAUUCCCAUAUUACAGCAAACUCAAGCAUGAAACAUUGUGCAAUUUUAGACCGUACAGUUGCCCAUAUGCUGGGUCAGAGUGUUCAAUGACAGGGGACAUCCCUUAUUUGGUUACGCAUUUAAGAGAUGAUCACAAAGUGGAUAUGCACACGGGAUGCACGUUCAACCAUCGUUAUGUGAAGUCUAAUCCUCGUGAAGUAGAAAAUGCCACAUGGAUGUUGACGGUCUUCCACUGUUUUGGGCAGUAUUUCUGUCUCCAUUUCGAGGCAUUCCAGCUUGGCAUGGCCCCUGUUUAUAUGGCAUUUUUACGAUUCAUGGGUGAUGAAACGGAUGCACGCAAUUACAUCUACAGUCUAGAGGUAGGAGGAAAUGGUAGAAAGCUCAUAUGGGAGGGUACCCCAAGAAGUAUCCGAGAUAGUCAUCGCAAGGUCAGGGACAGUCAUGAUGGUCUUAUAAUCCAGCGUAACAUGGCGCUUUUCUUUUCUGGGGGUGACCGGAAAGAGCUGAAACUUCGAGUUACUGGAAGGAUAUGGAAGGAACAGCAAAAUCCAGAUGGUGGUGUGUGCAUACCAAAUCUCUGUAGCUAAUUAUUUUUUUUGGGUGAUUUAUGUUUUAUAACUUCUUCCCCCUUUUUUGUUGGAUGUAAUGUGCAUGUAGGUGUGUGAGACAGCACUAUGUUUGUACCUAAGAACUCGUGCUCUGACCAUGUACUAGGAUGUUACAUAUACAUUUUUAGAUAUCUCAAUUGUUAAUAACCAUCUUACUGCUGCUUUUAAUGCUCUA